AUGACGUCCAUUAUUAAAUUCCACUGCCUCUCAGGGGCCGGAGACGAAUCUCCUCCUUGCUACGUGUUGCAAGUGGAUGAAUUUAAAUUUCUCUUGGACUGUGGAUGGGAUGAGAAAUUUGAUAUGGAUUUUAUAAAAGAACUUAAAAGACAUGUCAACUCAAUAGAUGCAGUCUUACUAUCACACUCCGAUCCCCUUCAUCUUGGAGCAUUACCUUAUGCUGUCGGACAACUCGGUUUAAACUGUCCCAUAUACGCCACCCUCCCAAUAUACAAGAUGGGCCAAAUGUUCAUGUAUGAUCUCUACCAAUCGCAUAAGAAUGUGUCCGAGUUUGAUCUAUUCACAUUAGAUGAUGUGGAUACAGCAUUUGAUAGAAUCACGCAACUCAAAUACAAUCAGAGUGUUGAUAUGAAAGGUAAAGGUUUAGGCCUUCGUAUAACUCCACUGCCAGCCGGGCAUCUCCUGGGCGGUACCGUAUGGCGUAUAGCAGCCCCAGGGGAAGAAGAUAUUGUAUACGCACCCGACUUCAACCAUAAAAAGGAGCGGCAUCUGAAUGGAUGUGAGAUUGAGAAGAUUAUGAGGCCUUCAUUACUGCUGCUCGGGGCUAUGAAUGCUGAUUACGUGCAGCAGAGACGGCGGCUGAGAGACGAAAAACUUAUGACCACAAUCCUUAGUACGCUUCGAGGUGGUGGUUCUGUAUUAGUGUGUACGGAUACAGCGGGCCGGGUCCUAGAGCUAGCUCAUAUGUUGGAUCAACUAUGGAGGAACAAGGAUUCCGGUCUCGUUGCAUACUCACUAUUGUUGUUGUCAAACGUCAGCUAUAAUGUUGUUGAGUUUGCUAAGUCACAGAUCGAAUGGAUGAGCGACAAAUUGACUCGCGCUUUCGAAGGUGCUAGAAGCAAUCCUUUCGCGUUGAGGCACCUGCAGCUGUGUCACUCCGUGGUUGAAGUCACACGGACCCCAGGCCCUAAAGUGGUGUUAGCCUCCUUCCCCGAUUUAGAGACUGGCUUCGCAAGAGAUCUUUUCCUGCAAUGGGCACCUAAUUCACAGAAUUCGAUCGUACUAACUGCAAGAACUUCCCCGGGGACCCUUGCCAGGGACUUGAUGGAGAAGGGCGGCGACCGGACCAUAGAGAUGAUUGUGAGGAGACGUGUCCGGCUGGAGGGGGCGGAGCUUGAGGAGUUCAUGCAGCAGAGGGUCAAGGUCAAGGACGCGGUCAAAGAGGAGACCGGUGGCAUAUCAUCAGAUUCGGAAUCCGAGGGUGAAUUGGAGAUGUGUGUGGUGACUGGGAGGCAUGAUAUACCGGUGAGGGGGGACGCGAGGCCCGCGGGCUGCUUCAAGAGUAACAAGAGGCACCACGCCAUGUACCCCUGUACUGAGGAACGGGCUAGAGCUGAUGAUUAUGGGGAGAUUAUACGGCCUGAAGACUACCGGCUGGCGGAGGUUGUGGACGCCGAAGGAGAGAUUCGAGACGUGCCGCCUGCUCCCGUACACACGCAGGAACCAGAAGAGGAGAUAACAGAAAUCCCAAGUAAGUGUAUAACGUCGACCAAGCAGCUUCAUGUUAAAGCCAGCAUCCAGUACAUCGAGCUCGAGGGUCGGUGUGACGGAGAGUCUCUUCUGAGAGUGGUGGCGGCCGCCAAGCCUCGGGCCGUGGUGGCGUUGAGGGCCGGGUCUACUGCACUGGCUACACUCAAAAAACACUGUGACAGUGAGGGUAUUGAGAAGGUCUUCACACCGAGCCGCGGAGACACAGUUGACGCGACUACCGAGUCUCAUAUUUACCAGGUGAAGUUAACGGACAGUGUAAUGUGUGGUCUGUCGUGGCGCUCGGCGGGAGACGCGGAGCUGGCGUGGCUGUCGGCCGUGGUGGCGCAGCCGAGGACCCGCGACACGCCCAGCGAGGAAGUGGCGGACGUGGAGAUGAUGUCUCUGGAGGCGGCGGAGGGCGUCCCUCACGGCGCGUGGUUCGUCAACAGUGUGCGUCUGUCGGAGCUGCGGGCGGCGCUGGCUCGCUGCGGGCUCGGCGCGGAGUUCAGUGCCGGCGCUCUGGAGUGUUGCAACGGAACCAUCGCUAUACGACGAUUGGAGAAUGGUCGCGUCGCUCUCGAGGGAGUGCUCUCUGAAGAAUAUUUCAAAGUGCGGGAACUUUUGUACGAUCAGUUCGCUAUAGUGUAG